AUGGCAGGAAUGGCAAUAUUAAGGAUUGGAUCAGCUAUUGUUGCUCUUCUGGUGAUUCUCUGCAUUUUGAAAAUGGAAAAAUUAAUUGACUUUACACGUGAGGUUCUGCAGGCUCACCAUGACAAAGAACUCUUUGGAACUCACGCCCGAGAAAAAAGGAGUGUGUCCCAUAAUGUAAUUGAAUAUGAAGUGGAUGUUGAACUCAUUGCAACAGAUGUCCACACAGUGGAGGACUUCAGGAGGUCCCUGGACAGUGGGAAUUUUCUUCUGACUCUUAAUUCAUCUGUCAACAUCACAAACAUUGAGAUCACAACAGCUCCUUUUCUUUUUGAAUAUCUGGUUUCGAUUGAGUUGAACAUCUCAAAUGGAAUUGAUGGACUGAGGACCAUUCUGAUCAACACCAGUUACCCCAUCACCAUCAACAACCAAAUACAAAUCCAUGAGAUCAACAUGUCAACGGUUUGUUCUCCAAGCGAUGCUGGUUUCCAGUGUAGAUGUGAAGAUGGGUAUCGUUGGUCAUGUGAUCAAUGUCUCCUGUAUGGUUCCUGUGACAACAUCACUGAUGACACAUGUGGAUGCAUCGGUGCCUUUCCCACUGAUGGAACAUACUGCCAGGCUGCUGAUCAGAACAGUAAGCACUUUGAAGUCUUCAUCGUACCUGUCAGCAGACCGUGGUGGUUACUAUUUUACGGCUUGUCUGGUUUCAACCGCUCCAUCACCAUCAAAUUCAACAUCCAUUCCAACACCAGAUUUGGACACAACGCCUCUCACAACUGGUCUACCCACUGUAGUUACGAAUUCAACAUCCAUUCCCACAACAGAUUUGGACACAACGCCUCUCACAACUGGUCUAUCCACUGUAGUUACGAAUUCAACAUCCAUUCCCACAACAGAUUUGGACACAACGCCUCUCACAACUGGUCUACCCGCUGUAGUUACAAAUUCAACAUCUAUUCCCACAACAGAUUUGGACACAACGCCUCUCACAACUGUUCUACCCACUAUAGUUACAAAUUCAACAUCCAUUCCAACACCAGAUUUGGACACAACGCCUCUCACAACUGGUCUACCCACUGUAGUUACGAAUUCAACAUCCAUUCCAACAACAGAUUUGGACACAACGCCUCUCACAACUGGUCUACCCACUGUAGUUACGAUUUCAACAUCAUCCAUUCCCACAACAGAUUUGGACACAACGCCUCUCACAACUGGUCUACCCGCUGUAGUUACAAAUUCAACAUCUAUUCCCACAACAGAUUUGGACACAACGCCUCUCACAACUGUUCUACCCACUAUAGUUACAAAUUCAACAUCCAUUCCAACACCAGAUUUGGACACAACGCCUCUCACAACUGGUCUACCCACUGUAGUUACGAAUUUGGACACAACGCCUCUCACAACUGGUCUACCCGCUGUAGUUACAAAUUCAACAUCUAUUCCCACAACAGAUUUGGACACAACGCCUCUCACAACUGUUCUACCCACUAUAGUUACAAAUUCAACAUCCAUUCCAACACCAGAUUUGGACACAACGCCUCUCACAACUGGUCUACCCACUGUAGUUACGAAUUUGGACACAACGCCUCUCACAACUGGUCUACCCGCUGUAGUUACAAAUUCAACAUCUAUUCCCACAACAGAUUUGGACACAACGCCUCUCACAACUGUUCUACCCACUAUAGUUACAAAUUCAACAUCCAUUCCAACACCAGAUUUGGACACAACGCCUCUCACAACUGGUCUACCCACUGUAGUUACGAAUUCAACAUCUAUUCCCACAACAGAUUUGGACACAACGCCUCUCACAACUGUUCUACCCACUAUAGUUACAAAUUCAACAUCCAUUCCAACACCAGAUUUGGACACAACGCCUCUCACAACUGUUCUACCCACUAUAGUUACAAAUUCAACAUCCAUUCCAACACCAGAUUUGGACACAACGCCUCUCACAACUGGUCUACCCACUGUAGUUACGAAUUUGGACACAACGCCUCUCACAACUGGUCUACCCGCUGUAGUUACAAAUUCAACAUCUAUUCCCACAACAGAUUUGGACACAACGCCUCUCACAACUGUUCUACCCACUAUAGUUACAAAUUCAACAUCCAUUCCAACACCAGAUUUGGACACAACGCCUCUCACAACUGGUCUACCCACUGUAGUUACGAAUUUGGACACAACGCCUCUCACAACUGGUCUACCCGCUGUAGUUACAAAUUCAACAUCUAUUCCCACAACAGAUUUGGACACAACGCCUCUCACAACUGUUCUACCCACUAUAGUUACAAAUUCAACAUCCAUUCCAACACCAGAUUUGGACACAACGCCUCUCACAACUGGUCUACCCACUGUAGUUACGAAUUUGGACACAACGCCUCUCACAACUGGUCUACCCGCUGUAGUUACAAAUUCAACAUCUAUUCCCACAACAGAUUUGGACACAACGCCUCUCACAACUGUUCUACCCACUAUAGUUACAAAUUCAACAUCUAUUCCAACAACAGAUUUGGACACAACGCCUCUCACAACUGGUCUACCCACUAUAAUUCAACAUCUAUUCCAACAACAGAUUUGGACACAACGCCUCUCACAACUGGUCUACCCGCUGUAGUUACAAAUUCAACAUCUAUUCCCACAACAGAUUUGGACACAACGCCUCUCACAACUGUUCUACCCGCUAUAGUUACAAAUUCAACAUCCAUUCCAACAACAGAUUUGGACGCAACGCCUCUCACAACUGGUCUAUCCACUGUAGUUACGAAUUCAACAUCCAUUCCCACAACAGAUUUGGACACAACGCCUCUCACAACUGGUCUACCCGCUGUAGUUACAAAUUCAACAUCUAUUCCCACAACAGAUUUGGACACAACGCCUCUCACAACUGUUCUACCCACUAUAGUUACAAAUUCAACAUCCAUUCCAACAACAGAUUUGGACACAACGCCUUCCACAACUGUUCUACCCCCUACAAUCACGAAUUCAACAUCCAUUGCUACAAUGGUUGUGGGUACUACACCUCCAACAACUGUUCAACCCACUGUAGUUACAAGUUUAACAUCCAUAGCGACAACAGAUUUGUACAGUACAUCUCCUUCAUCUGGUCUACCCACUGUAGUUACAAAUUCAACAUCCAUUACGACAACAGAUUUGAACACAACACCUCUCACAACUGGUCUACCCACUACAGUUACUAAUUCAACACCCAUUGCUACAACAGAUGUGGGUACUACACCUCCAGCAACUGUUCAGCCCACUGUAGCUACAAGCCCAGCAACUGUUCCUCCUCCAGAUCUAACCACACCCACAGUUAUUGUAACCAGAUUCCAGCUGGAAAUGUCAGUCACAUUACAUGAAACUUACACAGCAGAACUGGGUGACCCUACAAGUGCUGAAUACAAGGCACUUACUUCAAAGAUUGAGCCAGUGUUAAAUGAUGUGUACAGUGGACUAACAGGAUUCAUCAAGUUGUUUGUACAGAAAUACAGCCCAGGAAGCAUAAUUGCUUCAUUUGCCGUGGAGACAACAACAGUUAAUUCUGGUCAAAUUAUUACAGCAAAUGAAAAACUUGAAGAAGAAAUAAAAGUUGUUGCUCCAGUCAAUGGAAGCGUUUCUGCAUUUUACAACAGUUCUGAGCCACUCAGCUUUCCAAGCAUCACCUACACCGGCAGCAAACUAAAAGUGACAUGUAGUCAACCUGACAACUUGGAUGUGGGACAGUUGUCUGAUUCUGUGUGGAAAAUAAACGGAAACAAACUCAAAGAUAAUUCCAGGGUGGAAAUAAUUACAUCUAAUCGGGCAUCGACACUAAACAUCAACAACGUUAUUCUCGCUGACAGCGGGAGAUAUGAAUGUACUCUGGUGGGAAAAGCAUUGAAUUUCUUACAACAAGGUGAUCUUCAAAAAGGAGUGGCGAUCAGACAAGCUCCAAAUGUGCGAGUGCCGAGUCGAGUUAAUGUUGGAUGCAUUGAAGGACCAAGAGAACCUCUCGUGUGCUGUGUUCAGUCCAACUACAGAGUCAAACUGUUUAGAGAUGCAACGGUUUUAGACACAAAGGUGGUUCCUGAUAAAAGUGGAGACUAUUGCAUCCAGCAUAAUUACACCCUGAAUAACUGCGACACACCUUUAAGUUUUGUAUGCAGGGUUGAUGACCCAAAAGGCUACGAAAUAACAACAACAAUUACAAUUUUCAAAGGGGGUGCUGUAUGUAAGGAUACUGAGUAUGGAAUUGGACAAGCAGGUGACAUCUCCACAAUAGAAUGUGACCCGGAUCAGGAGGGAAGCAAGACCGCUGUCUGUGAGAGCAAUGGGAAGUGGAAACUGAAGGAGGACACUUGUAUCCUAAUAGAAGUCAACGAGUUGUUGAUUGAGUCACAGAAUGUGGCUGAGAAAGAAGUACCAGAACUUGUUGAGAAACUAAAUGCUGUUGUCCAGAACAACACAGCAGAAAUUACAAAUUCAUCUGCAACCAUCCUGGCUGUUGUUAACAUUCUAAACAACAUUGCCAGUGUUACAACUUCUGCAAACGAGACAGUCGUGCAGAAUAUACUAGAAACAGUGGAAAUCAUCAUUGGUGAUGAUGCAAGGGGGUCUUGGGACAUUCUUAAUGCAAAUGAAACCCUGAAUGCCAGCUCCACUUUGCUGGCUUCCUUGGAGAGACUGUCUGAAGUGCUGGUUGGAGAAUUUACCAUUCAAACUCAAAACAUCCUCCUUAACAGAACCACCUUUGACAACUACUUCAGUGCAAACCUGAACUCCACUGUCACCAUUGACAUUCCAAACACAAAUACCGUUGACAUUUUUAUCACCACCAUUGUCUUUGCCACCUUGCGUAAUGCCCUACCACCACGGAACGCUAGCUUCAAUGUCAGCAGCUUCAGUGUUACCACCAACAAAACUCUCAAUGACACCAUCAACGCUGCUGUGAUGCUUGUCUCAACAAAUGCAACGAUUCAUAAUGUCACCAUGAGGUUUACCAAAGUGAACAACUCCCUGACGCAAAAUGCACAGUGCGUCUUCUGGAACUUCAGACUUCUUGAUGAUCUUGGUGCAUGGGACCAUGAAGGAUGCACAUUUGUCUCUGACAUAGACAAUAUCAUAACAUGCAACUGCAGCCAUCUCACCUCCUUCUCAGUUCUGAUGGGAACCGGCAUCCCUGAGUCGCUCAGACUGAUUUUGGAUAUCAUCACUUAUAUUGGAGUGGGGAUAUCGUUGGCAAGCCUACUUAUUUGUCUCAUUAUUGAAGGAUAUGUUUGGAAAACGGUGACCAGGAACAGCACUGCUUUCAUGCGCCAUGUUUCAAUUGUUAAUAUUGCACUGGCGCUGUUGAUUGCGGACAUCUGCUUCAUCAUUGGCACUGCGAUUGCUAAAAAUCCUGGCGAAAACCCAGGAGAAGACUAUCAUACUCCAGUUGGACCAUGUAGCACUGCGACAUUUUUUAUGCACUUCUUUUACCUUGCCCUGUUCUUUUGGAUGCUUGUGUCAGCACUUCUCCUGCUUUACCGCACACUCCUGGUCUUCUCCCACAUGUCCAAGAAAGCCAUGUUGGCUGUCGGAUUCAGCUUGGGCUACGGUUGCCCUUUAAUUAUAGCUGUUGUUACAGUUGCUGUCACUGCACCAGGAAACAUGUACAUCAGGAGGUCUGAGGCCUGUUGGCUCAACUGGCACGAGUCCAUGGCCCUGUUGGCCUUUGUAGUUCCUGCCUUAGUCAUAGUCUUAAUCAACUUCAUAAUCCUAAUCGUGGUUUUAAUUAAAAUGCUGAGAAGAGGUGCUGGAGAUGCUUCCCAGCCAGGUGAAAAGAAUGCACUGAUAGUCAUUCUUCGAUGUGUGGCCUUUUUGGCUCCUUUGUUUGGACUGACUUGGGGUUUGGGAGUCGGAACCAUGACGUCGCCAACAAAUAAAGGAAUCCAUAUUGCCUUUGCCUUCCUCAAUUCACUGCAGGGUUUUUUUAUUUUACUAUUUGGAACAAUUUUUGAUUCAAAGAUCCGAGCUGUCCUUGCACGGACGUUACCAACAUUAAGCACACGCUCCAAUCCAACACAAAGUACAAGUGGUGGUGUUUCCUCUUCCAGUACACUAAACUUUAUCUGGAGAUUACCUGGAAGAAGAAAUGUCUACCGUCUGUCACAAGCUGCAAACUCAAGCACUGCUGGUACAUCGGAGUCUUUCAUUAAUGUCUGAGUCAUCAACCAGCAGGCCAACUAUUUUUAAUGUGAUUGUGAAUCUUACUUUUGUUGCCAGUGAAGUAGAGAAAAUGUAUUUUUCCUCCUGAUACUUGCUUUUCUGCUAAAGUGCAACAUCUGGUGUCACUUUUUUUGAACACUUAACAAGUAAGGGCACUUCUCAAAGAAUGAAUACUGAUCAAAUAACACAACCUGCAUGAUUUAAGAUGAAAAAUUCACACAAUUCUGACUCGAUGCAGCAAAUCUUCUGUUGUGCCCUACAUACUGAGGAAAAAGAAACACAUUUUAAUCCAUUGUAAUAUCACAUAGAAUGUUAGAACAGUCUUUGGUGGAAGUCACUGUCACGAUAGGGAUAAGUAAAUCUCUGUGGUGUGGGCAUCAGACAGGGACUGACUGGUGGCAUUGGGGUGGAGGAGGAAGUGUUUUAGGUCAGUGACUGUAAGCAGUAGAGAUGUGAGUUAGGACUAACAUUUUUAAAUCAUGUGCAGGUUUCCAGCUGCUUCCUAUUCGACACACAGCUCUUACUGAUGAGCUGAAUCUGAAAGAAAGCUUUGAAAUCUGAGUCUUCCUGGCAGAACUUAUGCCAGGUGCAUUUCCUCUCAUGCAACCGCCUUCAUUGACUAAAUGUUAUUACUUUUUCAACUAUUUAGCUGUUCAACUGUACUUUUAUAGGCAACCAAGAAAGACAAGGAAUGACUCAAUUUUUGGGCAGGGUUGAAACCUGUUCAUACAACGGCAUUAAAAAGCUGAUUAACAAAUGUAAGAAACAAAACAAAAACACCACAAUGGACCUUUAAUUUCACAAAGACAACGUUACACCACCUUUGUGGCAGUUAGAACAUUGUUUCAGUUACUUUGUCCCAAAACAGGAGCUGCUUACUGAAACCGGUGAUUUCAAUUUGAUUUAAUUUUAUUAAAUGUUAUUUAUUAGGGUCCAAGCACCAGUGAAGCUGAACGAAGGACCCUGUUUUUGUGCUGAUUUUUUUCUUCUUCUAGGCACAAAAAAGUAUUUGGGCAGCCUAAACUAGACGGAGCUGAAAUGUGAAUUUGACAGGGUUGGUAGAUGUCAGGAAAAACUUGCCAUAUAAAAAAAAUGGCUAGUGAAAAGCUCUAGGUGGCACUAUAAUUAAUAAAAGCAUGUUACCACCAAUAACUUUUGAUCCAUGGGAUCAACCAUGGGAAAACUUUAUGAGCUCGUUCUAACGGUGCACGCCAUGCUCAUUUGUGCUUGGAAUUUUUUUCCGCAAUAUUGCAACAUAUGCAGGAUUGGCCCGAAUGAACUUGUUUCUGGAUUUUUGACAUAGCACAUCCCGAUUGGUGUCAAAAUGUUCUUUAGGUUGUGAAUCUCAAUAACUGGGCCGGAAACCUUAAACUUUGUUGCUCUGUUUGCAAAUGUCAUGGCUUUGAGUUUGACCAUGUAUGAUGCUCUUUAUUUCAUGAUGCAAUUUCUCAGUAAUUGAAUCACUGAACAGCAUGAAAUCAAGCAGGUGGAACUAUGUCACUAGAUGGCACUGUAAAGCACGUUUUCUUUGAAUUUCAAAGGUACAAAUUGCUCAAAAUUUCAUGUAGAUUUUCCCUGAGUGUCCUACAAAGUGCUGUUUUACUGUUAGACCAAAAAGGAUGAUAAAGCACCUCUUAGAAAAAGUAUUUCAUAUCUUUAAAUUUAUUUUAGAAUAGCCAAAACAACUCAAAAUGCGCUAUCAUUAAUGGAUGGACCAAAUGCUGCCAAAUUUGCCAGCUUCAAUCAAAAUACUGUUUAUGGUGUGUAGAACACAGAGCAAAUGGUCUGUAUAUAAAAAAUGGCCAAUGCAUUUAUUUGUACUGCAGAAGGCGUAUAUCCCCAACUACAAUAAUCCAUAACUCCCCAAAUUUUUUACCUGAUUUUCCCACGGUUUGGUUUGUUAGAAACAGCAGAGAUUCAGUUACAUUACAGGAUGAUGUCGCACAUUAAAAAUGCGUACUUUCAUGUGAAAGACUUUGUCUUAUUCUCUUUAACAAAGACAUAUGCUGUGGCAUAUAGAUAAAUGUAUAAAUUAAUUUUAUAAUUUAGUAAAGAAACAAGUUUGGAUUGUUCAAUUGAAUU